UACGCUAAAACGGUAAAACCCUAAACCCGCUCGUCCCCACCCCACUCCCACAUCCAUCUCCACAGUCCACACACGCAUCUCCCUCGCCGAAGCCCUAACCCUAAUCCCAUCCAACAACAAUGCAGGCGACGGCCUCCGCCCACCUCCACCGUGACCACCACCUCUUCUCCUCCUCAUUCCUCCUACGCAGUCCCAAGCCGCGCCGCCCCCCCGCCACCGCGGUGCGCAUGAGCCUCCGCGAGGACGGGCCCUCCGUGGCGGUGGUGGGCGUCACCGGCGCCGUGGGCCAGGAGUUCCUCAGCGUCCUCUCCGAUCGCGACUUCCCCUACCGCAGCAUCAAGAUGCUCGCGAGCCGCCGCUCCGCGGGGAAGAAGCUCUCCUUCGAGGAUCGGGAGUACGUGGUGGAGGAGCUCCGCCCCGAGAGCUUCGAUGGCGUCGACAUCGCCCUCUUCAGCGCCGGGGGCUCCAUCAGCAAGGACAUGGCGCCCGCCGCAGUCGAGAGGGGGGCGAUCGUCGUCGACAACAGCUCGGCGUUCCGCAUGGUUCCCGAGGUCCCUCUGGUUAUACCGGAAGUGAAUCCCGAGGCGAUGGCGCAUAUUAGGCUCAAGGGGAGGUCGGGGAAGGGGGCGCUCAUCGCCAACCCCAAUUGCUCCACCAUUAUCUGCUUGAUGGCCGCCACACCGCUGCAUCGCCAUGCAAAGGUGGUGAGAAUGGUUGUUAGUACCUAUCAAGCAGCGAGUGGUGCUGGUGCUGCAGCAAUGGAAGAGCUCGAGCUACAGACCCGUGAGGUCUUGGAUGGCAAGCAACCAACUUGUAAAAUCUUUAGGCAACAGUAUGCUUUCAACCUGUUCUCACAUAAUGCACCAGUUCAAGCAAAUGGGUAUAAUGAGGAAGAGAUGAAAUUGGUGAAGGAGACUAGGAAAAUCUGGAAUGACACGGAUGUCAAGGUGACUGCAACUUGUAUACGGGUACCUGUAAUGCGUGCCCAUGCGGAGAGUGUGAAUCUUCAAUUUGAGAAGCCGCUUGAUGAGGAUACUGCAAGGCAGAUAUUGAAGGAAGCUGCUGGCGUGGUAGUCAUUGACGAUCGUGCAUCUAAUCACUUUCCUACACCUUUGGAGGUAUCAAACAAGGACGAUGUAGCAGUCGGCAGGAUACGCCAAGACUUUUCUCAAGAUGGCAACCUUGGGUUGGACAUCUUUGUCUGUGGAGAUCAGAUACGCAAAGGUGCUGCACUCAAUGCGAUACAGAUUGCUGAAUUGUUGCUUCAAUAGCCAUCGUCUAUCCACUUCUGUGUGAUUGUGCAUUGUUUUUUGGUUUCCAUUUUUGAGAUAGAGGCAAAAUUUGGGUUCGGGUGUGGUUUAAUCUUGUAUCAUGCAAUCAUCUAGCGGGAGUUAGCAAAUUUUGAUGGAAUACUUCAUAAUUUGUUGGGUUGAUAAGUAAAUUAUCUGUACUGUACUACUGUUAGAUUAAAAGAUAACUGAUUUUAUUUAUAAAUUGCCUCCGAGCACGAAGCUCUGGCACUAUUGCAUUCA